UUAUUUUCUUUCGCGUCCUCGGCUUUUCAAAAUUUCUCCUCUCUUUCAGCUAUUUUGUUUUGUUUUCUUCCACUUCUGUCUGCCCGAGGGAUUUUGACUUUCCCGGUAAAGCUCAGGGAAAUAAGAAAAAUGGUUAGAAUGAUACAAAUGCCACUGAUGCCUUUGGAGCUUCCUGUUCUGCUGUCCGAUUGGUGGGACGAGGUCAAUGAGUCCACUAAGUGGCAGGAUGGCAUCUUCUACACUCUCUGCGCCGCUUAUGCCCUAGUUUCCUUCGUUGCCCUGAUACAAUUGAUAAGGAUUGAAUUGAGAGUUCCGGAAUAUGGUUGGACGACACAGAAAGUUUUCCAUCUCAUGAACUUCAUUGUUAAUGGAGUGCGUGCAAUCGUUUUUGGAUUUCACAAACAAGUAUUUCUAUUGCAUCCCAAGGUACUCACACUUAUACUGUUGGAUCUUCCCGGCCUUCUAUUUUUCUCCACAUACACAUUACUUGUCCUGUUUUGGGCGGAGAUUUACCAUCAGGCAAGAAGCUUACCAACGGAUAAACUGAGAAUUUUUUAUGUGUCAAUCAAUGCUGUUAUUUACAUUAUACAGGUCUGUGUCUGGGUAUACCUCUGGAUAGAUGACAACAGUGUGGUGGAAUUCAUUGGAAAAAUAUUUAUUGCAGUGGUGUCAUUUAUAGCCGCAUUAGGAUUCUUGUUGUAUGGAGGAAGAUUAUUUUUCAUGCUAAGACGAUUCCCUAUUGAAUCAAAAGGAAGAAGGAAGAAGCUUCAUGAGGUCGGAUCUGUUACAGCCAUUUGUUUCACCUGCUUCCUUAUUAGGUGCUUUGUGAUUAUUUUAUCUGCCUUUGAUGUGGAUGUGUCACUUGAUGUUUUGGAUCAUCCAGUUUUGAACUUGAUCUAUUACAUGUUGGUUGAGAUCCUACCUUCAGCUCUAGUUCUGUACAUCUUGCGUAAGUUGCCUCCAAAGAGGGUAUCCGCUCAAUAUCACCCAAUCCGUUAGGAGAAUGCUUUGUUCGUAGGAUUGUUUUUCCUCCAGGAGAACACAAAGAGAUGGUUUUGGCAUGUUUCAGAGGGUUAGUGACUUUUCCAGUUGAGUGAUGUAAGCAGAACCAAAAGUAGAACUGGAAUGGUUCACGAUGCAUGCAAAA